GGGCAUUUUGUAUGCACAUCAAAGUAUCUGUGCUCAUCCACUUAUCCCAUUUCAUCUCUCAAAACAUUUCAAACUAGCACUUUUAGGCCUAUAUAAACUUGUCCUCCAUAAGAAGUCCACCACAAUUCCUCAAGCAUUUGGCUUUUGUCCUACUCUUCACAUCCUCAAGUCUCCAAGGUUCCCACUACUCACAGCUUGGAAAUCCCAGCCACAUUUUGUGCUGACUAUUGAGCACUUUGAGGGUUGUCUUUCGCCAAAUUUUUUGCUUCGACUUUUGGGAUGGAUAUGGUGCUGAAGUUAGCCUCCCAGAGAGCCGUAGUUAUCUUCAGCAAGAGUUCUUGCUGUUUGUGCCACACCAUCAAGAGGCUCUUUUUGGAGCUUGGUGUCAACCCUGCUGUCUAUGAGCUGGAUGAGGACAGUAGAGGGAAAGAGAUGGAGAGAGCACUUAUAAUACUCCUGGGCCGCAGCCCUCCGGUGCCGGCUGUGUUCAUCGGCGGCAAACUCGUCGGCUCCACCGAUAGGAUCAUGUCCCUUCACCUUGGUGGCCAACUAGUCCCGUUGCUUCGAGAUGCAGGUGGUAUCUGGCUGCACAAGUGUUUGAAAUAAUUAGCUAGCUUUGAUACCAUGUAAGAGGGAUGCACUUGAGCGAGUCUACGCAGUAACCUGCAGUAAGAUGAGUUUGAAGUAGUACACUGGUUUUUUACCUUUAGUUGUGAGGGAUGUAUCCCAAAUAAAUUGCAGUGGUUGGCCAUGUACGCGCGGUUAUGCUGAAGUUAUGUAAAUUAUGUCUCCUUCAGAAGUAAAACUAAGCACGAAGAUAAUUAUUAAUGUCUGU